AUGUCUCAAAGGCUCAAUCAUCCUCCUCCCGUUCGGCUUCACCUCGAAGACGUCGCUCAACCAGAGGAGGUCAUUCGUCUUCAGGGCGUGCAAACCCAACGUCUGAACUUGAAGUACGAUGAUCCUCGUCUCCGUCGUCACGAUGAACAGUUUGCAGUACUGGGUUUUGGUGGGGCUUACGGUGACUGGGAUACCCUGUGUAUUACCUAUGGGAACAACAGACUAUGCCUGCGAAACCACCCUACUUUCAACGACUGUCUCGGUCCUUUUUUGAAGCCACUGGUCGGCUUGACGACGACGGUGGUGAAUAUUCCUGGAAAGGGCCGUGGGCUCAUUGCAACGUGCAACAUUCCCCAAGGGCUUCCUUUCAUAAUUGAACGACCCCUCCUGAUUUGCUCGGUGGGAAUGCUGGACGGGACCAUGGUGGCGAAUUUCCCGAUGAUGCUCGAGAAAGGGUUGACACCCGAACACAAGAAGACAUAUUAUCAGCUGCACAACUGCAAGCCUAAAGAACCUGGCAUGGUUGAGGCUGUCAGCAUCAUGCGUACCAAUGGGAUCGGGGCGCAGCUCCCUUUUGACGAGCAUGAGCGUCAAAUUGCAGUCUACGACAACAUCUCCCGUGUCAAUCACAGCUGCAUUCCGAAUGCUUAUUAG